ACAGAUGAAUUGCUCCACAAGAAACUCCCGUAAAGAAUUCACAUAUGAAUUGCUCCACAAGAACCCCCCAAUAACCUCACACCUCCCCUUCCCCCCAACAAACAAUGGCAGCAACGAUGGUUCUCAACCCUCCACCACCACCAUCCUCCACCACCACCGACUCCGACGACCUCUACACUCACCUCAAAACCAUAGACCGUCAACUCGAGUUCAUCGAAAUCCAAACAGAGUACGUAAAAGACGAGCAGAAGAAUCUGAAACGCGAACUGCUGCGGUCGCAGGAGGAGGUUAAGCGGAUCCAGUCGGUGCCGCUCGUCAUCGGUCAGUUCAUGGAGAUGAUCGAUCAGAAUAACGGUAUUGUUGGAUCUACUACUGGUAGUAAUUAUUAUGUUAGGAUUUUGAGUACUAUUAAUCGUGAGUUGUUGAAGCCUUCGUCUUCUGUUGCCUUGCACCGGCACUCGAAUGCUCUUGUUGAUGUGUUGCCGCCUGAGGCUGAUUCCAGUAUUUCGCUUCUUAGUCAAUCCGAGAAACCGGAUGUUACGUAUAAUGAUAUUGGAGGGUGUGAUAUUCAGAAGCAGGAAAUACGUGAAGCUGUCGAGUUACCUUUGACUCAUCAUGAACUGUACAAGCAGAUAGGAAUAGAUCCUCCACGCGGUGUUUUGCUCUAUGGUCCACCUGGCACUGGGAAAACUAUGCUUGCCAAAGCAGUGGCAAACCACACUACAGCAGCCUUUAUUAGAGUUGUAGGCUCAGAAUUUGUUCAGAAGUAUUUAGGCGAGGGCCCGAGAAUGGUUCGUGACGUGUUUCGCCUUGCCAAAGAAAAUGCACCUGCAAUCAUAUUUAUCGAUGAGGUGGACGCAAUAGCUACUGCUAGAUUUGAUGCACAGACUGGCGCUGAUAGAGAAGUGCAGCGAAUUCUUAUGGAACUAUUAAAUCAGAUGGAUGGGUUUGACCAAACCGUGAACGUUAAGGUCAUAAUGGCAACUAACCGAGCUGAUACUUUGGACCCUGCACUUCUCCGUCCCGGAAGACUUGACCGCAAGAUCGAGUUCCCUUUGCCCGAUAGACGACAAAAGAGGCUUGUUUUUCAGGUUUGCACUGCUAAAAUGAAUCUGAGUGAUGAAGUUGAUUUGGAAGAUUAUGUUUCUCGACCAGACAAGAUCAGUGCUGCUGAGAUCUCAGCAAUUUGUCAAGAAGCGGGUAUGCAUGCAGUGCGUAAGAACAGGUACGUUAUUCUUCCCAAGGACUUUGAGAAGGGAUACAGGACCAAUGUAAAGAAGCCCGACACUGACUUCGAUUUUUACAAGUAAUCAACUCCAAAUGUACCCUACUUUCAUGAUUUUUGAUAUGUUUGAGAACUUGUAAUUCUAGUAUUAUGUUUCAAUUGGCUGGACCAAUAUUUAUUGUAGUCAUGAAAUCUCUGAAAAAAUACUUGGUCGUUUGUUUAUGCAAAUAUUUAAAUGUUUUUUCUUGUUU